GAGACUAUCCUCAGCCAAUUGUUGUAUGGCUUAGUCAUCAGUAUGGCAUCCCUUGUCCUGGAGUUCACCCUCAGACAGCGCCUGGCCGCGGAGCUCCAGCAGUCUGACGCAGAGUCCAUGGUUUCUGGUUUUCGGGCAGUCUUGCGAGGCGUUUGUGAUGGUGAGCUACUUCUGGAUGGAAAGGGUCGAAUCCAAGAAGGCAUGGGUGCACUACAGCACCUGCUUUCCAAGACCUAUGACCUGAAAGGAACAGCUUUUGCAGAGCUUCUGGUGAAGGAUGGUGAAGAACGAGGGCGGUUCGAGGAUUUCAUUUCCAGAAGGUCUGAUGCCAGCCAGGUCUGUCAAGGAGCCCCGCAGGGCCUCCGUAUGUCCCUCUGCAGUCAUUACUUACAGCGUGUGG